AAACCCCCCCGAGAAAAAAAAAAAAAAAAAAAAAAAAAAAGGAAGAAACCCAAAAGAGUGAAAGGAAAAGAAAGGGGGAAAACCAACCUCCAUAAUCCCUCUGGCCAUUUGGGUUCACUCCAAAGAAAACUAAAAAAAAGUAGAAAAAUAUUGAAAAAAAAAAAAAAAAAAAGAAGCGGUUCUUCUUCUUCUUCUUCUUCAAUCUUCGCUUCAUCACCUCAUUCUUCCAUUCUGAUGGCGGCGGAAGGUGGUGGUGGUGGUGGAAGUGACGGCGGCGGAUGCGGCGGCGGAGGAGGAGGAGGAGGAGGGGGGAAUGAGAUGGCGGGGACGUCGCCGAAGAACAGGGUGAAGCUGCUCUGCAGCCACGGCGGGAAGAUUCUGCCGCGGGCGACGGACGGCGUCCUCAAGUACGUCGGCGGCGAGACCAGAGUUGUCGCAUUUUCUCGCGACAUCAAUUUCUCAGAGCUCAAGCAAAAAGUUACUUCUCUAUUUGAUGGGGAUUUGGUCCUCAAGUAUCAGCUUAGCCCUGAAGAUCUCGAUGCCCUGGUGUCUGUAAAAUCCGAUGAAGAUCUCCGCCAUAUGCUCGAUGAAUAUGAGCGACAGGAGGGCGAAGGGACCCCUAGGCUCCGAGCCUUCCUCUUCCCUUCCGCCCCCGUCGUUCUCGACGUCCAAAUCACCUCCACAGACCCCCAUGCGCUUGAGCAGCGCUAUAUUGACGCCAUCAAUGGAAUCGUCCGGAUCCGUCCCACCCUCAAAAUCAUUCCCCCGAAACCAUCCUUCGCAUCGUUUACCAUUUCCUCCGCCUGCUCCUCCCCUAAUUCCCUCUCCCCUGACCCUUUCUCCCAUGAUCAGACCACUAGCCAUGAAAGCGUGGUCCCUAGAGGAGCUCUCAUGCAUAAGGUCCGAAGCUCUCCCAGUUUAUACAGCCCGGACCAGCAGACGGCCGAUACCCAUCUUAGCAGCCCCUUGGUCUACCAGCACCCAAACCAUUACCACCAGAACUACCAGCAGUACCACCACCCGGGCUUCCAAUCCGCCAGGCCACCACAGGAUCCCAGCAAGGGAGCUGCAGGGGAAAGAUCGACUUCAGGUCUGUCAAAGGGCAGGACGGAUUCUGGGAGAGGUCUGAUGGGAAGCGGGCCGAGCUCCUACUACUCAUCAGCAAGACAACACAAGGGUUUUGGGAGCAGCAACAAGUAUGUUCACUUGGAGGAGGGGAGUAGCCAUGGAGGUCAAAAGGCUUGACAGGGCAGAUACGCUUCCCCGGAACCUGCAGCCGGCCAUCUGGUAGUGAAGCCAUGUAGAAGAUAUAGGGUGAGUUUUCAUCAUCUAUUCUCAUACAGAAUCUCUUGGUCAUGGUUUUUUGUAAUAAGUUUGUGGCUGUUUGGAAGGGUGGAAAACGAGUGUGCCUGUUUCUGUUUGGAGCGUUGGAAAAGGUUUCUUGCGAAUGAAUCCUAUACAAGUUUAUACAAAUAAUAUUUACGUAAGUGUAUGAAUGUUAAUCCUAAGAUCCUAUUAGAGCGUGUAAAAA